UCAUUUCGUCAUUUGAUGACAUCAUCACCGCGCGACAGCCUGGCCAGCUUCUGGAGUUAAGCAAGGCGAUGACAACAAGCUUAAAAGAAGCUUUAAAAACCCACUUCGGGUUCGACAGCUUCAGGUCCAAACUCCAGGAAGAUGUUGUCAAGGCCGUUGUCCGGGGAGACAGGGACGUGUUCGUGUGCAUGCCCACUGGCGCGGGCAAGUCCCUGUGCUACCAGCUGCCGGCAGUACUGGCGCAGGGCAUCACUCUGGUCAUCUCACCUCUGAUCGCUCUCAUCCAGGACCAAGUGGACCAUCUGCAGAACCUGAACAUCCCAGCAUGCUCCAUCAAUUCAAAGCUUGCUGCAGGUGAACGCAGGCUCAUCCUGGCAGACCUGCAGAGUAGCAGCCCCAAACUGAAGCUCCUCUAUAUCACGCCCGAGAUGGUGGCGUCGCCCUCCUUCCAGCCGUGUCUGAACAGCCUGACCUCCCGCGGGUUGUUGUCCUAUCUGGCUGUCGACGAGGCUCACUGUGUCUCUCAGUGGGGUCACGACUUCAGACCGGACUACCUCAAACUGGGCGACCUGCGGACUCACCUGCCCAGGGUCCCCUGCCUGGCGCUGACCGCCACCGCACCAAAGAACGUUCAAGAAGAUAUCCUGAAGUCGCUGAAUCUUAACUCGCCACUGUCCUUCUCCACGCCUGUCUUCCGCAAGAACUUGCACUACGAUGUCAUCUUCAGGGAUCUGCUUCCAAACGCCUAUGUCCACCUGCACGCCUUCAUCCAGAAGUCACUGUCCCUGGGACACGGAGCGGACGGACAGGGUUGCGGCAUUGUUUACUGCCGCACCAGAGAAGGAUGUGAAACGGUGGCCUACCAGCUCACCAGACUGGGGGUCCUGUCCAAGCCCUACCACGCUGGAUUGAAAGCUGGAGAUCGGACUGAAGUCCAGAGCGAGUGGAUGCAGGGCAAAGUCCUAGUUAUUGUGGCCACCAUCAGCUUUGGAAUGGGCGUGGACAAAGCCAAUGUCAGGUUUGUCGCCCACUGGAAUCUGGCCAAGUCUCUGGCCAGCUACUACCAGGAGUCGGGGCGAGCGGGGCGAGACGGCCUUCCCUCCGCCUGCCGCACUUACUACUCUCCCAAAGACAAGGAGCAGAUUCUCUUUCUCAUCAGGCAGGAGGUGUCCCGCCGACAGGAGAAACGCAAGUCCAUCAAGGAGUCUGACAAAUCAGCCAUCACGGACUUCGAGGCCAUGGUUUCUUAUUGUGAGCAGGAAAGCUGCCGUCACACCUCCAUCUCCAAGUAUUUCGGGGACAAGGCGCCAAACUGUGCCGGCGCCUGUGACUUCUGCAGCAACCCCAAAGUGGUGCGGGCCCAGCUGGAGAAGGCGUCGGCACUCAGCACCAGGACUCAGGCCAAAGCGGAUGAGCCCAGCGGCCCGUUUGGGUUCCGUGCCAGCCUCUACGAAGGCGGGAAGAAGGGCUACGGCUUCGAGAGGUACGAUGAGGACGAAGGAGAAGGCCACGGGGAGGAGGACCCUGCCAAGAGGAAGAAGGAGUUUUCUGACCUGUUCAAGAAGCAGAUGAGCCUGCGGAAGGGCAGUGAGCAGCCUCAGGACCACUUCCCUCCUCCAGAUCCCGAUUGUCCGCUCAGAGACGCCUGCAGCCAGAAGAUCCCUCGACUCACUGUGAAGGCCAGGGAGCACUGCCUGCAUCUCCUGCAGGAGGCGCUGUACGGCCACCAGGGGGCGGACAAGUCUCCCAGUGGCGACCGUCUCUCCGCAGCUGUGGAUCUGGAGUACGAGGUCUUCAAGAGCAGCAAAGCUGCCAACUUGUACAAAGCGUCUGUUCUCAAGAAGGUGUCAGAGAUGAAGAAGGCACCUGCAGCAGCAGCAGGUGGAGGAGGAGGAGAGAGGACCGAGUGCCAUGGAGAAGGGUCCAGUGAGGAGCUGCAGGGCUUCAUGUCGGCGGCAGCGCUCUACUCGAUGAAGCCGAGGAGAGUAGGAGUCGGCUCCGGAGCUUCGAACCCCUUCUUGAUUGGCAAAGAUCUGCUGAAGAAGGAGGCGCUCAGCGAGGAGAAGAGCUGCGAGGCCGCCGUCACGUCCAGCAUCAGAGACAAAGCUGCAGCCUCCACCUCGCUGAUCAAGAAACAGCAGAAGCUGGCGGCAGCGGCCAAGGGCACGCGCACCAUCGCUCACUACUUUGGGAAGAGACCAGCUGAGGUGAGGAGGGAAGGUGAGCAGGUGUGUGAGGAGAGGAGCGACAGAGGAACCGAGUCGGAGCUGCUGCUGGUUGGAGCUGAGCAGGAGGCUCAGGAUCCUCAGGGAAGUGCAGAACACGGGGCCAAAGGUGCGGGCGAGCGAGUCGUGUCGCAGCAGGAGUGCGUGGAGGAGGCCCCUCCCCCGGCCAAGAGGAACCGCCGCACAGUGACCUUUAACCCCACGCUGCAGACGCCCGCCAGCUUGAAGGAAGCUGCCGACGUGGUGGUGCGCUACCUUGACCCGUUCUACACUCAAGGGAAGUUUGCCAACAAGGAGCUGUUCAAGGCUUUCGCUCGCUUCCUGUCUCAUCUUCUCGCUGAGGGCAGGAGCCGACCCAAGCCAGAAGUCAAGGCAGAAGCCAAAGCUCUCAUCAAGAAGUUCUUCAGCCAAGUGCAGCGCUGCGAGAGCGAGGCGGACUGGACGCACCUGAGGCUGCUGCACAGCUCCAAGACCAGCCAGAGCAAGCAGUGAGGGGGAGCCCGUAGUCGUGGACUUCAGUUGGAGGCCCUCAGUGGAGGCUCCUGCCUAUUGCUGCUAUUUUCGUUGAACUUUAGUUUUCUAUUUUUGAGAAUUAUUCACCUCUGUGCUUCUCAGGAUGGUCUGCGUGGCGUCCUCUGCUUUGCUGAAUAAAGUAGCUGACGCCUGUUUGUCUUCAUGAAGUGAUGCAUUAUUUCAAUUGUUUUUAUUUAUGUGAAUGGUUUUCAAAUUAAAUGGUGAAAAUAUCUAACUAUAAA